AUGAACCCCUCUGUUGUGGCUGCCCACAAGAGGAUUGGACUUCUCCAAAAGUUCAACAAAUGGCAAGGGAAAGCCAUUGAGAAGAUGCAAAAGUCCAUGGACAAGAUGGUGAGCAAGAUCAAAAGUUUGGAGAAGAAGGUUCCUAGAAGGAGGCUCCCUGCCCAAGAGCCUCACAGAGCCUCUUCUUUCGAGCCAAGAGAAGGAGAGACAACACGCAGAGAAGGAGGAAGACUUCCAAGGCCAGACGCUCCAGCUCGACCACCGGACUCGAUCGAGUCCAAACAGAGGAAACUCAACUCGAUCGAGCUGACGGUCGAGUUGACCUGGAGGAGCCCCUGUUUGAGAUCCUGGAUUCGAAGUACGAUCCCAGCCUUACCAGGACUUCCCCAGUAG